UUGGUAACAACACGAUCCGCUUUGUUAGUCUAAGAUUAACUUAAUCUCUAUCUACUAUCUGGCCGUAAGGUCCUUUUAGAAUGAUGGAAAUAAACCGCCGCGGUUUGAACACAAAUUUGCUGGUUUCGAGACAAAGUGAAGCGUGUCCAUGGCCCGCGAUUAUUUGACAAUGACGAUCGCGGGAUUGUCCUCGAUGAGCAGCGGAAUGCACUACGGGUGGACGUCGACGGCCCUCCCCCAGAUCGUCGGUAAUAAUUCCCACAUACCAACAACGAGCGAGGACGAGUACUGGAUCUCAGUGAGCUACUUUGGAGGAAGCUUGAUCGCGAGCGCACUGGUGUCGCUGUUGAUCAGGUACAUCGGCCAGAAGGGCGCCAUAAUUCUGGCGACGCUCCUAUUGAUAAUCUCCUGGGUGAUAAUCGCCUGCGCGCAGAGUAUCGCCGAAAUAAUCAUCGCGAGAAUCUUCUCCGGAGCCGGGGACGCGAUCCUCCUCUGCGCGCUUACCGUCUACGUUGCGGAAAUAUCGAAACCGUCGAUCAGGGGCUUCUUCCUUUCUAGCAUGAUGGUCUACGCAAUGUUCGGUAUACUCGCCGAGAACGUCAUCGGUACCUUCUUCGCAUUUAGGACGUGCGCGAUUAUCUCCGCCGUACUUCCUUCGGCGGUCUUCCUCUGUCUUUUCUUCGUGCCUGAAAGUCCCUACAGAUUGGUCUCGAAAGGUAAUAUGGACGGCGCCAGAACUGCGUUGACGAAACUCCGCAACACUGACGUCGUAGACGAUGAGCUCGAACGAAUCCUCUCGAUGAUUUACGAUGCAAAGGUCAGCGUCGACUCGUACCUGGAGCUGUUCACCUCCAGUUACAAUCGCAGAACCGUCUACAUCUGCUUCACCCUGAUCUCCGUGCACGUAUUCAGCGGGAACAUUGUCUUCAUAUUCCACACGCAGGAGAUCUUCCAAGACGUCGGCGGGCCUCUAGCGAACUGGAUCUCCUCUUUGAUCUACCUAACGGCUCAGCUCAUCUUCACACUAGUAGGACUGGGCUUGGUGGACAAGUAUGGACGGAGACCUCUUCUUUUAAUUUCAACAGCGGGGGUCACCUUGAGUUUGGCUAUCGAGUCCGUCUACUUCUACCUGAAAGACUGUCUACACCUCAACAUGGAAAGCCUCAACUUCGUUCCGCUCCUAGGUAUGAUGCUGUUCCUGCUGGGCUUCAGUGUGGGAUUGCAAAUCAUACCGGUCGUCAUUUCCGGGGAGCUCUUCGCGCCGAAUGUCAAAUUCUUCGCGCUAAGUUUAUACGAGGGGUACUUCUGCGUGAUCAGCGUGGUCGGGUUAAAGUUAUUCCAGAUUAGCCUGGAUGCCUACGGACUCUACGCCCCGUUUUUAUUGUUUACGCUGUGCGCAUUCUUUGGAUUCCUAUUCGUGUACUACUUUGUGCCAGAAACGAAGCAAAAGACGUUGGAAGAAAUUCAGAUGGAGAUUGUGGGAAAGGACGACAGAUUGAUUUGCAACUCCAAGCAGUAGGUUGCUCGGAUCAAGCAAAACGGCAAAACAAAAAGCAAUAAAAAAAUACCAGAUUUCGAACACCUCUAACAAGUAUAUUGUGUAGCAGGAGAUCCAAGUAGGUAUUACCUUAAAGACAGUGGCGUACUACUUUAUCUAUUACACACACCUUUCAAGAUACGUUGUUCGGUAUCAUCUACAUCUUGCCCCUGCGAUAUUCACCACAGGAACUUUAGAGGGUGAACAAUAAUUUGUUAUUCAUUUUUGUAGGCAGCACGAAGUGAUAUAGUGAUUGUUAUAUUGUGUUGUGUUGUGCACAUUUUUCCAAUUUGCAUCGCCGGGUGACCAACAGUGUAUUUUUCAUAUUUGUUGACAUAGUGGAAACGCGAGUUAAUAUCAACGUACUUAAUUUGUUCAGUUGUUAAGGACGCAGAAGGCCUAAGCAUGACGAAAAUUGAUACGAGAGUUGUUGUGAUAUGCGUAUUCUUGCUAUUAGUCAGUUAGAUUUGUAUCAGAAGAACAUACUUUAUCCGAGUAUAUAUCCGAGUAACCGCUUCA